AUGUCUGCCAACAAAUUCGAUGCCGAGACAGCCGAUAAUUUAGAAGAUAUUGAGAAACAGUUCGCCGUUGUGGCCGUCGAGCAGGCCGAAACCUACUGGAGUCUGCUGACGAAGGUGCCCGGCUCCAAGCUACGUCUUACUCAAAUCGACGACGAAAUUUACGAUACUUUUGUCGAGAGGUUCCCAGAGUACAAGGACCCUCAACGUGUCAAGAAGUUUACAGAGGAGGAACUGAAAACGAAGGCGGCCAAAGAGAACUGGAGAAAGUUUUGUGCCCUGUUUGAAAAGAAAGUGGAGGACUACAAUUUUGGUACACUUUUGAGAACAAGUUCGGACGAGGAAUAUGGCCAAGAGGGUACCAUUUUUUCUGUCAGAAUACAAUUUUAUGCCUUUGAAAUUGCCAGAAACAGAUACAAACUGAACGACUGGAUCUGUGCCGGUAAAAAAUAA